AUGGCGCAUCUGGAGCGAUAUAAGUCCGCGCUAAAUGAGUCUCUUGACAAAUCACAGAACUUGCUAAACACCCUGGUGGAUUUAAAGAAAAAGGGAGGACUGGACGACGCGGACAUAGAGCUGCUGAACACCCUCCAUCGAGAAGUCGUUCUGGACAACGUCCAGCUGAUCAACGCCAAGAACGAGGUGAAGAGCACGUACAACAAGCUGGCCGACGAGAACCUGAAGAAACUGCAUUCUGGCCACUACCAGUUCAAUAACAUGAAAAUCCAGCGGUACAAAGGCCAGAAGCUCAGGAACGAGAGUCUGGCAGCAGAGUUUGGGAAGCUCAUCUCACAGAUCCCAGAACUGCAGCUUGAUCAGGUUUUGGACAACGAGAACACAGAGGGCCAGGAGUUUCUGAACGGGCUGCGCAAUAGCGGUCUUGAUAUCAAACUGCAGUUUGCAAAGUCGGAUUUCAGCGACCAGAUAGACGAGGCUGUUGUGAGCCGUGUGGAGGACAUUUUGAAGAACGAGGAAGUGAAAAAGUUCCGUCUUGUGCAGCUGAGUGACAAGCACUACGAGCGCGAGCGGACAAUGUUGCAGAGCAUGAGUUUGAAGUGGCAGAACCGGUUAGCAGAGCUGACGAAGUUUGUGCGGGACGACUCGUCGAGAAUUUUGAAAACAAUUGACGAUGUGAAGAACGAGCUGCGCGAGGAGCACGAGGAGGAAUUGGAAGAAGAGGAAGUGGAAGAAGAGGAGGAGGAGGAGGAAGAGCCAGAAGAGCGAGAGCCAGAAGAGAAAGACGGCCCUGUUGCAGAGCAGGAGCAGGCAGAGGACGCAGAGGACGCAGAGGACGACGUUAUGGAUGUGGAAACAGAAGCACAGAUGGCCAGUGACGAAAUAACACCAGCCGCAGAUGCCAGCCCCGACCUGGAGCUGGACGAGUAA